UCCGCUUUCACCGAAGAGGGCGAAACCUCAACUUAAGGACCGCAGGACUGUUUUUACCCACCGUGUCGAAUGGAGAACGAAACCAAUCAGUCACCCGAGCCGCUACCAGACUAUUGGGCGGUUCCGGAUUUUAACGAACAUCCUAUAUUGUCCACAUUGUUUCGUACACUCUGUCUGAUCUCGAUGUCAAGACCGUCUCUCGAACAUCACUGGAAGUCCAAGAUCAACGAUGAUGAAUGGGAUAAGCAUAGGAAGAGUUUUACUGACAGACUGAGUAAUACUAACAUAGCGGCAGGCUUGGUACUCACUACUUCGGCGGUCUUUCUUUCAACACAACCGCCUCUGACAUCGUUUCUUCCGUACACCAUACGCGUUUGCUAUCUUUUAGCCCUCGGAUCUUUUGCGCAUGCCCUCGGUGGCCUGCUUACUGGCCUAGCUGUAGUCAACAUAUGGGAAGCCUGUGAUCGUAUAUGGUCUAAAGAAGUCCUGACGGCCACACGCUUUCGACUGUGCUGUACACUCAUGUUUAUCGCCUGGCCGACUGUAUCUCUCACGCUUUCUAUCAUCUUCUUGAUGUCAUCUCUUAUGAUCGCGUGUUACGCUUCUGGACUGUGGUGGCUUCAAUUCUUGGCGACAAUAGAGAUAUUGUCCUGGGCGUGGUUGCCCCUUCUCUUCGCUUGGUGCGCACUCGAAAAGACUCUACCACCAAAUUUGCGGGCAUAUAGACGGCAGACUGGCACCAGUUCGCCCUCCUCAGGUAUAUGUACUUUCGAGGAAUCGUAAUGAAUUGCGUAACUCGCUACUCGAUCAGGUUGUGUUUGAGCACAUGUACGGCCAACGUGCCAAUGGUUUUAGAACAUACCUAAAUAUAAUACAUGUAUAUUAUCAGAGAUUGAUGCCAGCAGUUGUCUAGACUGGCACUGUUCAGAUGCG